AUGAAGACCUACGGAUGGGAGCUGAGGGAUGUGCAAGAGGUCGUCAGGUUCUCACCCAACAGAAGGUACCUCUCUUUGAAAGGCAGCCUUCACGAAGCGAGAGUAUCUCCGCGGAGUCCUUUGAGCGACGAUGACUACGACGAGCUCGAGUGGCAGAUCGAGAACCACCCUCUCAACGAGGACAGCGACCAGGGUCACAGAAAGGCGCGUUGA